CUUUAGUCUUCUGUUUUCUAUGAUCGGUUCGGUUGGUCCGAUGGUCCGGAUGGUCCGGUCCGGUUUGGAAGUGCAUCAUGGAUUACGUGGAGACAUCAAAAAGCGACAGCAACGAUUGCUGCAGCUCGCCAUCUCGGUUGGAGAAUGUAGAGAAUUCGAAGCCUGACGAAAACUCGAUUAAGGAAUCUGCUAAUGACGUCGCUAAGAAGAAUCCAGAGGAAGAAGCAGUCGCCGCGGCUGCUCCUGUCGAACUGGAUAGCGAGCUCAUAGACUUUAAAGUGAUCUACAAUAAGCAGAAAAUUGAUGUUACUUUUGCAUUAGAUAGCACCGUCGGUAGACUGAAAGCACAUCUUGAGAAUAUCAUCUCUGUCCCUCAAGCGAUGCAAAAAGUAAUGAUUAAAGGACUAGCCAAAGAUGAUCAAACGCUUAGAAGUUUGGGGGUGACAAAAGGUGCCAAAGUAAUGAUAGUAGGCUCAAAGUUACACGACGUUUUAGCUUUAUCGAUUCCCACGAAGCAGGAGCUUGCUGCCGAGUUUAGGUCCGCUAUUGGGAAGGAACCUCUGUCGCGUCAAAAAGUGCAUCGUAAGGUUUUGGAUAAGGGUAUUCCAGAAGAUGUCAUGCCAGGCAUAUUGGGCAGCAAGGAACCGUUACCAGAUUUUCCAUUGGCAGGGAUGUUGAACAAGUCCGGUGGAAAGGUCAGGCUUACGUUUAAAUUAGAACAAGAUCAGCUUUGGAUCGGUACGAAAGAAAGAACGGAUAAGGUUCCAAUGAAUUCCAUAAAAGGUGUUCACAAUGAGCCUAUUCAUGAUCAUCCUGAAUAUCACAUAAUGGCCAUUCAAUUAGGUCCAACGGAAGCUUCUCGAUAUUGGAUAUACUGGGUUCCCGCGCAGUACAUAUCGGCUAUCAAAGAAGCUAUUUUGGGAAAAUGGCAGUACUUCUGAUCGAACGUAGAUAGAGGUUGCUGUCUCAUUGCGAACAAAAUGUAAGAGUGCGAACAUUGACGCAACGACCAUGCUAGUCAAGCAUUUUUAUCGGUAAGUAAUAACUUAUUACACGUUGAAAUUCACAAAACGGUUGCAACGAUCAAGAUCGGUCAGCCCGUUCGAACGAUCGCGAACGUUACGUGAAUAACGCUUCGACGUACCGACCAAAUUUCGAACGAUGAAUUUCUUGGAUGGCGACAUUGUAAAUGUCGUGUCAAACUUUUUAAUAUUUAUCUUGCCACCGGCAAUGAAUUUUUCACGAAAGUCUUAGUUAUUGCAGCGAUCUUAAAUUUCCAUGAAAGUUUGUUUUUGUGCAAAAAUGCUCUGCCACUGGAUGUGUACAAUUGUUUGGAAAUGAAAUUUCUUCCGAGACGUAAUAACGUACAACAAUGAAACGAAUGAAAACCGGCAUUGUUUGCAACAAACUACUGAAAUUUGGGCGUAAACAGUAGGUCCAUGAACUUACAUUUGUAGGAAAUACCAUCGAGGAACUGAUCUCGUUGUACGUAUACAGCGAGUUCGUUAUAAACGAGAGUACGUUUCUAAUUAAAUUAUAGCGAAGCGAAAAUGACUUAAAACGGAGUGUUCUGGCUUAAAAAGAGAUAAAAAAAUUAUGCAGUUUGCCUCCUAGACCAUAGUUAUAUCCGUUAAAUGCCUUCGAUUAAAUGGUUUACUUGCGAGGUAUAAUUUUAACUCGAAAGAUUAAGAUUUUGAUUUUUCAUCGCAAACACAGGAUUAGCGGCGGUAGGUGGAAAACAAUUGUAGUCAAUGCUUUGUGAUAAGGAACAAAAAGGAUAACGUAUAUGUAUACAUACACGCGUACAGACCUAUACGACCAAUGUAUACCGUCUCCGGGUAUAGAUAACGCGACAACGAAUUUCCCAGCAGAUAAAACGAUGUAAUUAUACUCGUGUAUUUUCACAUUGGUCUAGAGGAGCGAGUUAUAUCGAGCCAAGAUCGGGGUGCCAAAGCGGAACAUCCCUAGAUAUGCACAAAUUCCGGUAAACUGCAUACGUUCGCUUAACCUUCUAACUUUUGUAAAUUAGGUUGUAUACGCUUAAAUCGUAUGUAACGGACACGAGGGAUAACGAGGGCCGUAUCGGAUGCGACAAAGGGAGUCCCUCUGUACCUUGCUGGGGUGUACCUUGCGCUGGGCGAUUUCAUAAAAUAAAGUAAUUUGAAAACGA